AUGCUGGAAUCCAUUCAAAGGAAGUGGACUAAGAAAGUAUCCCUGAGGGCCAGAGAGGCUAAGUGGCUGGAGUUGUGCGCCACUUUUAGCCACCACACGUCUCUAGGCCAGCUGUGGAGGAGCGUGAGGACAGCCUCCGGCGCUGCCCCGCCCCGCCCGCCCGCCCACCCGCACCCGCAGCAGGAGGCAGAGAGGCUUGCCGCCAUGUUCACCACGCGGAGCUCCAGUGACCAGCUUCCUCCCCAGACACAACGCAUCCAGCAGCAGCUCCGACCACACCGCGACGAGGCUGUAAGGGAGGCGAUGGAGGAAGCCGACGUGACUGACCAGCCCUUCUCCCUUCAAGAGCUGGAGCGGGCUAGGAGGAGAGGCCGCGACACGGCAGCGGGGGCGGACGGCGUGCCAUACUCCAUGUUGGCGCACGCUGGGCCGGCUGGGGACGCCGCGCUGUUGGCCACCAUCAACUCCUCAUGGAUGGCGGGCUGUCUGCCGCCCGCGUGGAAGGAAGCCGACAUUCAGCCGAUUCCAAAGCCGAGGGAGCCCACCAAGAUCAGACCCAUCUCUCUCCUCAGCUGCACGGCCAAAACGGCUGAGAGGAUGGUGCUCGCGCGGCUACAGUGGCGCGUGGGGCCCUCUCACCCACAUGUGUUCGGCUACACCCGCGGAGUGAGCACGGCAGACAGCAUCCUCGCCCUGCUGACCCAAAUUGACCACCGCCCCGCCGUCAUCGUCUUCAUCGACCUCGAGAAGGCGUUCGAGCUAGCCAGCCCUCACGCCAUCCUCGACGCACUCGUGCGGAAAGGGGUGCGAGGAAGGCUGCUGGUCUGGCUCCGCGACUACCUGCAGCGCCGCCGCGCCAGGGUUAGGUUCCAGGGCCUGAGGUCGACCUUCAAGGUACUUGAGAACGGGACGCCCCAGGGCGGCAUCCUCAGCCCCCUACUGUUCAACCUGCUGAUGGAACAGCUAGUGGCACUGCCUUUCCAUGCUGGCACCGUCCUGCUGAGCUACGCCGAUGACCUCGCCCUCGUGGUCACCGGAAGGGGCAACAAGCUCAGGAGGACGCAGCAGGCACUCGACCUCAUCAGCGGGAAAUGCCAGGACCUGGGGCUCAAGAUCUCGGCAGAGAAGUCCCGGGCCAUGAUGGUGAAGGCGGCAGACCCAACCUGGCAGCUCCGCGUCCAGGGAGUUGAGCUGGCAUGGACCAACUCCUACCAGUACCUCGGUGUGUGGGUGGACAAGCGGCUGUCCUUCACAGCCCACGCCGCCUACCUGAGGGAGAGGACGCAGUCUAGGCUGAACGUGAUGCGGGCCAUGACGCGAAUCAGCGCGGGCGCCACUUUUUCCGUCCUGCGCCAGUACUACGUGCACGCUGUUCGCUCGCUGGUGGAUUACAGCGCCCCCGUCCUCAUAGCACUCUCUCCAAACCAGCAGGAGCGGAUCGAGGUGCUACAAAACACCGCAAUGAGGACCAUGCUGGGGGCACCGAGGGUACAGCAGAUCACGGCCUGCCGCGUAGCGAGGGUGCUGCAGCGUGACGCGGAGGGAGUAACACAGAGGAGACUGAGGCUGGCGGGGACGCAGGGCGCCGAAUCUCUCCGCCGCAACCCGUGGCUGCUGCAGUGCACGCUGGCUACCCACAACCUGGCUCGCAUGGAGAACUGGCCACAGGCGGACCUCCCUGCCCCCACCUUCCGCGCCCCACCCCCGUGGGAGCCACCCGCGGCAGAGUUCUCCGCCACACAGCUGCCCGCCAGCAAGGCGCUCUGCGCCGUGGAGGAGAUGCGGCAGCACGCCUUCAUGGCCAUGGCGCAGGUCACCGAGCCAGACAGUGUUGUGUACUACACCGACGGCUCGGCUGACCCUGACAGCGGAAGGACGAGCGCUGCUGCCAUCACCAGAGGGGCCGAGGUGUGUGAGAGGACUCCCGACCACUGCUCCACCCUGCAGACAGAACUGGUGGCCAUCCUGCUGGCCCUGGAGCACGCUCAACACCGGCGGGAGCGCACCGUGGUGCUCCACACCGACUCCAGAACGGGGCUACAGGCUCUCCAACAGCCGUAUCCCAGCGACAACGUGGGCCUCGUCACCGCCAUCCUGGGUAGCCUCCAGAGCCUCGCCGCGCAGGGGCGGCGGGUGAAGCUCAACUGGAUACCCAGCCACGUGCGAGUACGAGGCAACGAGGCUGCCGACGCAGCCGCCAAGAGAGCUGCUAGUGACCCCAGGCUCGCCGCAACCAAGCGCGCCCACCACACGCACCGGGAGCUGGAAACCAGGAAGAGACAGUCAGCUUGGUACGCCUCCGCCACUGGCUACCAGUCGUUGGACGCCUCCCAGCAGCAGCCCAGAGCAGACGGCGUGUUGCUGCAACGCGUAAGGCUGGGCUACUGCACCAGGGAACAGCUGUACGACGACUUUCGGGGGCAGGAGUGCGACCACUGCGGGAGGCACAGCCGCCACCCGCUAGUGCACUACCUACUGUCCUGUCCGGCCACCGCCGCCCUCAGACCAACGCCGCCAACACCGGCCCAUCCUGUAGGCUGUGAUCUCCUCAGCAGCCGCGAGGCCAGGGCUGCCCUCAUCGUCCGCCACACGCCCACAGACCGGAUGCUGUGUGUUCUCAGGGCAGCGCCCCCGCCCCGCUGA